AAUGGUACAUUUGACACCUCACAGAGGGCAGCACUGAGGUGGGGAAAGUGGAAACUGAUUACAGGACAACCAGCCGCUGUUCUGGGUUAUGAAAACGGCGUCCCCCUCUUUAUCCCUAUAAUUGGUCUGGACCCUGCAAUAGAAAAUGUCCCCUUGGAUAAGAAUGUGUGGCUUUAUGACAUGAAGAGAGACCCACUGGAGGAAUGUGAUCUGUCGGACACAAAGCCGGAGAUCGUAAAACGCAUGCUGGAUCGUCUUGAAGAAAUCCGCCAGAUGUCCCCACCUACUAUUUUCCAACGUGACCCAGACCCGGCACUUAACCCGGCCCUCCACGGCGGUGUGUGGGCGCCUAGGGAUUAAGUUACGUGAAUUUAGAAGAAUUUAGAAAACUCAUUUUAUAAUG